AUGGCCUCGAUGCAUAAGAAGGUCAACAUCCAGCACAAUCUCAUCCUCGAGCACCAGGAGGCUUUCCUUGCGCACAAGGAGCAGACUGCCGACAAGCUGAAGGAGCUCGAGGCCCUCCAAGAGCGCAUCUCACGCCUGACGCUAGAGAAGGGCAACUUCCGCACCGAGAUUGACAACUAUGCGCACCUACUAGAGCAAGCGCGCUCUACAAAGGAGGAAGAUCUUCGCAAAGUCGACGCUCUCGGAAAGGAGUUGGAGACUCUCGUGGAAUCCAAGAAGCAGCUCCUUGCAGAAGCCGACACUCUGCGCAAAGCGCUCCAAGACGUCCAGGCUAAGACGAAGGCCGACGAGCAGGCGACAAUCGAUCGCUUCACCGCUGAGCUUAAGUCGACUGCCGAUCUUCUCGCGAAGGAGACACAGAAGAACACGGCUCUCAACACCAUGAUCAGCCAGUUGAAGGGAGGCGAGAGUACUGCUAGACUCGAGGCCGAAAAGGCAAAGAAGGAAAACAGGGCUCUGAACGAGCGCUACAGCAACCAGGCAGCUGAGCAUGGGAGGGCAUUUGUGAAACUCAACGAGCAGACCAAGCAAGUUGAAGGCCUGAAGAUCGACCUUGACAGUCGCCAGAAGGAGAACGCCGAGCUGAAGCAGCGUCUCGUCAAACUCGCCGACCUCGAGUCCCAGGUUACCGAACUCAUGCGAGCAAAGUCGACUCUUUCCGAACAAGCCAGCACUCUCAGCGCCGAUUUGGACGCCAGCAAGAAGGAAGAAGCCAAGAUCAAGACUCAAGUGGAGGGGCUUCUGAAGAAGCUCGAGGGUCUUGACGAUGAGGUUGACCAGCUAGAAUCGGAGAAUACCAACCUUCUCGCCAAGCAGAAAGAGCAUAAGUUUACCGUACAGACCUGCGAGUCCCUCAAGGAGGAGAACGCCAAACUCAAGGCCGAUGUCAACGAGCUCAAGGCCUCCAAGAGCCCCACUUUCGCUGUUGUUGGCUCUCCGUCUUUCAUGAACGAAGAGAAAGCACGUGCUCGGGAGGACAAGAUCAAAGAGCUCGAGGGGACCGUGUUAGAAUGGACUGAGCUAGCGAAGCGCUCCUACAGCGAGUACAAGGAGAUGCUACCCACCUACAAGAAGGCCGAUCAGUACCGCCAGGAGGUCGUUGACAGGGACGAAGUCAUCCGGGGCCUGGAGCUCGAGCUUUCCCAAGCCAAAGUCUCCAAGACUACUAACGGUGUUGGAGCUGCUGCCUCCAACGGUGAUGCUCUCUACUGGAAGAACAAGUAUGAGGCUGUUCUGCUUGCCGUUGACAACUAG